AUGGGUACGAAACUAUCAAAACAAGAAAAUAAUUUUUCUUCUUCUCAUGAUAAAACAUCUUAUGGCGAAUAUGUUAUUCGUUCUUAUGCAAAAUGGAAUCAUUGUUCCGUUCUUGUUAGUCAUGAUCCAUCACGUUUUACUACUCAUGAAAUUCUAAACUUAAAUAAACAUAAUGAAAUUUGUCAAAAUUCUACUAAUUCAAUAAUUAAAAAUCCUCGAUUAAUUAUUCAAAAUCAAUCAUUAUCAAUUGAAAAAGUUAAAUUUCAUUCUUCAUCUAGAGAUAAAUCUCAUUAUGAUCAUAGUAAAGAUGAAAAAAAUUUAAAACUUAAAAAAAGUCAAUCAUCUGAUCAUUUAUCACAUUCAAACAAUAUAAUUACAGCCAAACAAUUAAUCAAAUUUCAUCAACAUAGAAUAAUUGAAAAACGACAAGAUUUAACUCAAUCAUCUGAUGAAAUUUUUUUAAAUAAAUAUAUUGAAAAAUCUCCAUCAAAAACAAAUAAAAAUCAAUUUAUUUUUUCAAAUAAUAAAAAAGAAAAAAUUCCAGCUGAUCUUCAAUUUGUUUUAAUUAAUCAAUAUGAUUUACAAAAUGCUCAUGAAAUCGGUAAAGGUCAUUUCGGUACUGUUUAUCAUGCAUUAUACAAAGGUACUCGUGAUGUUGCAGUUAAAACAUUAAAUUCCCGACGAAAAGAUCGUCCAAAUGGUGAUAAAUCGUCAAUAGAAGAAUAUGAUGAUAAUAUUUAUGAAUUACUUAAUGAAGCUUAUAUAAUGACAGGUUUACAACAUAUUAAUCUUUUACGUAUAAUUGGUGUUACUUUUUUUGGAAAAGAACAACAAUUAGGUUUAGUUACAGAUUUUAUGAAAAAUGGUUCUUUAUUAGAUUAUCUUCGAAAAUCUCGAAAUAUAUUUCUUAAAUUAAAUUCUAAAGAUGUUAAAUUUAAAUUAAAUUCUUUUGCAAAACAAAUAUUUCAAGCUAUGCUUUUUUUGGAACAACGAUCUAUUAUUCAUAGAGAUUUAGCAACUAGAAACUGUUUAAUUGGAGAUGAUGAUACAGUCAAAGUGGCAGAUUUUGGUUUAACAAAAUUGACUGAAUGUGGUUUAUAUAAAGGUAGUUAUCGUACAAUAUGUGCUAUACGUUGGACAUCACCUGAAGCUAUAUUUCAUUCCGAAUAUACAUCGCGUUCAGAUGUUUGGAGUUAUGGUAUAACUCUUUGGGAAAUAUAUUCAUUAGGUGAACGACCAUUUGCUUCUAUGAAUAAUAUUGCUAUUAAAAAUAUUUUAAAAAAUCAAUUAGUAAAUAUUUGUUUUUAUCUUCCACGAUCGUAUCAAUAUAUAUCUGAUGAAACAUAUAAUCAGAUUAUUCGACCUUGUUUAACAUAUAAUGUUAUAUUGAGACCACGUUUUUCUGAUUUAAUAGAACGUAUUCAAAAAAUUCUUCAUUAA